AUGAGAUUUUUUCCAGUGCUUUUUUUCUUAACCUUUUCUAGCGCUUGGACGUCCGAGCCAGGAGGAAUUUAUAUGAAGAAAUAUGGGUAUAAACAACCAGAAGCUUCGCGUCAACAGCAAAAUAAGGGCGAUGAAAACCAAAAAUGGAAUCGCUUUCUUGAAUUUUUUCGCCACCGACUUGUUACAGCAAAUCGAAAAAAGUAUGCAUAUGUCAAGUGA